AACCGGUGUGUUUUUUUAUUGUAAAACCCAAAAAAAUAUAUCAAAUUUUCUUUUACUAUUUAGGGUGAGAGAGAAACAACUCAAAAACGGAACAACCCUACCUCCACGGCAACUAGUGGGCGGCGCUGCUAAAAAUUUGAGGAUCGACCUUCAAAUUCUAUGAAAAAAAUGGGAGUUGAAAGUGUUUCAGAGUCUUCGCUUUCGAAAGUUAAGUUGAGUGGUUCAGAAAAGAAGAAAAUGAAGAAGCAGAGGAAGCAGCAUCAAGCUAUUGAAAAUGCAAAUGCUGAAUCGAAAGAGAAAGAAACUUCUUUUGGAACAAAUUCGAAGCCUAAUGCUAGUUUAGAUUCGCUAUUGCAUGAAGAGGAAGAUUCGUUAAGGAAGGAUUCCUACUUAGAAACAGAGCAAUCGAAUCGUUCUCGUAGGAAGAGAAAGAGAAAAGAAAAUUCUUUGAUUGAUGAAAAGCAAAGCGAUUCUUUUGUGGAGUCAUCAGGGUUGAUGGAAGAGGCGAAUCCAUUAAUGAAGGAUAUGAGUGUUGGUUCGGAGUCUGGAUUGAAGGGGAGUCGAUUGAAUGAGCAACCGGCUCAUUCAGAAAGGAAAAGAAAAAGGAAGAAGGAGCGUAAAAAGGGUCUCCAGUCUGUUGUAGAGUUGAGAUAUAUUGAAGAAAGUUCUUUUAUGGGUGAAAACCAAAGUGAUUCUCGUGCAGAGUCUGAGUUGAAUGUUAGUCUAGAGCCAGGUUUGAAGGAAGGGUCAAAUUCAUUAAUGAAUGAUACUCUCUUGGAAAGAGAUUGGGAGACUUUGGAGAAAAUUAGUUUAGAGUCAAGUCAAUUGAAUGAACAGCCAACUGAUUCGGAACGGAAAAGAAAGAAAAAGGAGCGGAAAAAGGCUAAAGCCGGGCAGUUUGAGAAAUUUAAUGGGAAGUCUGGCUUAGAGUUGAGAGAUGGGAAAGAAAUUUCUUUGACAGAUGAAAAGCAAAGUGGUUCUCAUGUGGAGUCCAAAGUGAAUGUUAGUUUAGAGUCAGGAUUGAAGGAAGGGCCAAAUUCUGAUGUACAGACUCUAGAGAAUGUUAGUUUGGAGUCUGGGUUGAAGGGGAUUCAAUUGAAUGAACAGAGGGUUCAAUCUGAAAGGAAAAGAAAGAGGAAGAGGGAAAAACGAAAGAAGAGAAGGCUUAGUGCUUUGGAGGAUAAUGAUAUCAUUGCAAAGAGGAAUAACAGGGAUAAUAAUGAAGCUGAAAAUAACAAUAUGUGUCCUGAACUUCAAACAACUAAUGGAAAGGAUUUCAGAAAGGAGGAUCUUAUGUCAAAAAAUAUGAAGAAAAGGCGUAGUGAUUCUCCACGAACUGCAAGUACUAGUAUGGUGAAAGCACAAGAUCUCCAUGUUGAUGGGAAUCUUGUUUUGCCGGAAAUAAAAGAUAUCAAAACCUUACAGAUAGGGGAGACGGUAAAAACCUAUCACCGGAAAAGGAAAAAGUCUUCUAAUCUCUUGGGAGAUAGUUUGGAACAAUUGCCGAAGAAUGGUAUGAUACAGACUUCAAUUGACCAUUUAGAAAAGGAACAGACAACUGGCUUUUCAGCAAAUGGGUCAGAUGGAGUACUGGUCAGGCAUGCUAUGCCAGCACAGGCUUUGGAAGAAGCGUUUGGCAAUAGCACAGGCAGUGAAUCUGCACUCAAAGGAAGAAAAAGAAAGAAAAGAAAGACGUUGAAGGAGUCUUUGUCCAAGUAUCCAGACCAAAAGGAUGUCCAGAUAGAAACCAAGAUGGAACAAACUAUUCCUUCUCUGUCGAAAUUGUCUCCUGCAAAAGAUGAUGUUGCACUAACGGCUAAUGUUAAAGAGAACAAUUUGUCACGAACAUUGUACUCUUCACUUGAAAGAAUAUGCAUUAGCCGUCCUAAGAAAAAGCUUCUUGUGCUUGAUUUGAAUGGAAUUCUUGUAGAUGUUGUUCAAAACCCAGGUGAAUUCCAGCCAGAUAUUAAAGUAGCAGGGAAAGGAGUUUUCAAGAGACCAUUUUGUGGUGAUUUUCUCAACUUUUGCUUUAGGACGUUUAACGUUGGAAUCUGGUCAUCAAGAAUUUACAAGAAUGUGAACAAGUUGGUUACUUUUCUUAUGAGAAAAUGGAGACAUAAUCUGCUUUUCUGUUGGGGCCGAAAGCAAUGUACAAUAACAAAAUUCAAAACUAUUGAGGAUAAACAUAAACCUCUUGUUUUGAAGGAACUAAGAAAGUUAUGGGAGAAGCAUUUGCCUAAUCUUCCAUGGGAGAAGGGAGAGUAUGAUGAAUCAAACACAUUAUUGUUGGAUGAUUCCCCAUAUAAGGCUUUGCGGAAUCCUGCAAACACUGCCGUAUUUCCAUAUCCUUACAACUACAGGGAUGCCAAGGAUUUUUCAUUAGCAUGCAGAGGAGAUAUUCACAAAUAUCUUGAAGGUUUAGCUGCAGCAGAGAAUGUUCAGCAGUAUGUUGAGCAAAAUCCAUUUGGGCAACCGGCUAUCACAGAGUCAAAUCCACAUUGGGAUUUCUACUGCCAAAUUAUAAACGAUAAGACAUGACGAGUCCAGUAAUUCCCUUGCCGAUAUUGAUGGAUUUUUCAUGGUAAGCUGCAAAACAAAUUGUUCAAUUGGGUGUCUUUUAGCUAAGCUGCAUUUGGAGUUUGUUCGAAUGUAGCAGAAACUAUUGGUUCAUAUAUUUUUUUGUGAUUGCUGCUGAUCAUAGAACCUUUAUAGGCCUUCUAUAGUAUACACUGGUUGGCUUCCUCCUUGAGAUGGCAUUUCUUUUUGUUGCAAACUGCCAAGUCAACUUCUGUUAUCCAUAAAUUUUUUUAAUAUUUUGGAUUAAUCGAAGUGCUAGCAAUUGCAAUAAUUUAUGUUGUUUCAUGUUGACAGUUCAUAGAAUAUGCUUUGUGUUUUUUCCUCUUCAUAUGAUGGUAAAAGUAUAAGAGCUGGAGCCUAGGAAUAGGAGUGUAAACGAACGAAACUUGUGAUGAAUAGUUUGCAAAUAGACUUGAUUUCUGUUCAUUAAUAUUUAUUUAUUAAACUUAAUAAAUGAUUACAAACAACAUUUCGUGGUUCAUUAAUUAAGCAAAUAAAUAACUAAUAUAAUAAAGUCCGUACAUAUACAUAUCAUUUACAUCUUUACAUGGAAGUUGGUAUGUUACAGAUGAUGGUAAAUGUUUCAACCCCCAAAUAUGGCCCAAAAUUGACCUGUCUCAUUGCCUUUUGAUACAGGUGUGUGCAUGUGUGCUAGAAAUAAUCCGAAUUAAAAACGUAGGAAUUGUGUAAAUAAUACAAAAUUUUAAAGUAAAAACAUAAUGUCUGGGACUGAAAUUACUGGGAUGGAUACAUUUUCGGAAUCUUCUUAUCUAUCUUUGAUGUUCCUCGUCAGUCACCAUCAUCAUCCCUUAAUCGCAAGUUGUUUGGGAACCCCAACCACCAUGUUUAGAGAAAGCCUUCAGUUUUGAGGAACAUCUCAAAAACGCAUUGGUUGUUUGCAAUCAGGCAAAAAAGUGGAUACCAAGUAUUUAAGCUUCCAUGUGCCUUGACU